AACGAACAAUCUGUCAGUUCCACUAUGUCCUCUGGCCUGACCACGGAGUGCCAGAGACUGUCCGACCACUGCUGGACAUGGUGCGGUUGGUGAGGGACUGUCAAGCUUCGGAGACAUUGCCUGUUCUUGUUCAUUGUUCAGCUGGCUGUGGCAGAACAGGAACAAUUUGUGCAAUUGACUAUGUGUGGGGUCUGCUUAGAGCUGGGCGUUUAACAGAAAAUCUGAACCUCUUCGGCCUUGUAAAAGAGAUGCGUAGACAGCGUGUUGCUAUGGUGCAAACAAGGGAACAGUACAUUCUCUUGCACAGAGCAGUCCGAGAACUUUUCAAGGAAAGACUGAAGGUUAUAGAUGCUCACCCAUAUGAAAAUAUAGCUACUGAUGGUACACCUCUAAUUUUAAGAGAAAAGGAGAGUGACUAUGAGGAACUAUAUGUGAAACCUGAGAAGCAAGAUGAAAGUGCCAAACCAACCCCACCAACAACAGCCCCAAGUGCCGUAUCCACACCAACUGGCUCUCUCACUCGAUAUUCAAAUACAAGAGGAAAUAAUGAUUACCUGGCAUCGAGUUCACCCAUAAAUAGUUUAGAGAGGCCGGUAGCUCCUGUUCCUCCACUCCCUCUGAAACUCUGCAAGCCUCCCCCUGUUACUUCAUGUGUGUCACCGCACUGUUCACCUAGCCCCCAUAUUUCACCCAUCCCACAGCCCUCCCCCAUCCAAAAUCACUGCUCACCUGUCCCUCAGCCAUCCCCUGUAUCAUUUCCUACUGCUAACCAGGCUCAUCGUAGUUACUCUGCCUCUCCAUCUCUGCCUGUGGUUACAAGCACUCUCCAGCCUGUAGUUACUGUCACAAGUUCCAGUUGCUCACCAGGAGGAUCUCAUCUGUUCUCACAGUUAUCACCCAACCCUUUCCAAGUCACGCCAUCCAAUAGUAAACCUGGGAUUCACCCAACAUCAAAAUUAGAAAAGGAUGCAGAAAAUGCGGCUCACAAACGGCAAGUUGCACAACCCUCUGGUUCCUCCCCAGCUGGUGGAGUUACACAGAGAACCAUGCAAACUCCUUCUGUGUCGGGAAGCCCACAGCCUUUAUCCUCAGCUGCCACACCUUCAAAUACACCAAACCAUACUCCCACGCCACUGCAUAGCCUGAGUAUGUCGCAAUCCGCACAUCAUUUGAAUCCAGUCCCUCCGAUUCGAAGCAGAACACCUUCUCCAGGGAUGACAUAUGGAAGAUCCUUAGAAGAAGGAAAGCACACUGUAGUUGAUAACACUCAUAUUAGUCAGGACACUAGCACUAAGAGCACUGAAAUUGUACGACGACCAAGCAUAGCAGAGCUCAAGGAAUUGUUUGAAAAGGCAGGAGAUGCUGAGACUCCAGGAGUCAGACUGUCUCGCAGUGCUAGCAGUGUAACAUCAAGAACUAGCCUGAGCAUUCAUCCAGAUGCAGAUGGAGGCUUUCGCAUUAAGAGAAAGAGCAGUUUAGGGGCUGAAGAAACUUUGCAAUCAAAGAAAGCAUAUGAAAUGUUAGAAAGAUCACGCCAUCUUAACAUCUGCCCUCCUCCACCGCAUGAGCCUUCAAAAGCUGCAGUUGUAUCAACAGCGCCUGUUACUGUUAUAAGUGCUGCCAAGCCACCUUCUAGUCCUGUGUACACCAGCCCCUUGUCACGAAGGAGAGGAACCCACAACUUAAAUGAUUCCCAAGAUGAUAAUUCUCAUUCAGCUUUGUUGGCUCGAGUUGAUGACAGACCUGCUUUACCUGUUAAAAAGAGCAAGUCAUUUAGAUAUGCUCGGCCUGUAGACUCGUCCACAAAUACCAUAGCUUCUACAAGAAGUCCAGAACUAACAAGGAAGAAAGCAGAUAUUAAUACCUAUUUCAGCUUAGAUAGAGGGAAAGGAGACAGCUUUUCACUCAAUAAGUCAGAAAGUGGCAGUGUCAAUUUCAUAGGAGAUAUUCCAUCACCAAGAGAAGGUUUCAAACUAUCAGUCUAUCAGAUGCCUAAUACAUCACAGGCAUCAAAACCUGGUGUAAGUAGUAAUGAAACUAAAGAUCAAACUAUCCCAGAAAUAAAAUUGGACCAGAAGCCACAGAUACCUCCCAAGAAAAUCAUCGGUGAGCGCUUUCGUAAUGCUCGUCCUCCAGAUUCUCUGUAUAUCAGUGCACCGCAGCCAUAUACUCCAGUUAACACAUUACAAGGUACAGGCACCCCACAUACUCCACAGUCUGCACCUCCGGUCAUCUCAUCAACACAAAAUGGUUCACCAUUUUGGAACCGUAAUCAAGUGGAUAGGUCAAUUUAUGACUGUCCAAAAGAACUACAGGCAACUUUGGGACUUAACAAUGAUAGUAUGCCAUCUACUUCAGUUGCAACAUCCAUUGCAAAUAGCCAAAAUCUGUAUUCAUCCCAAAUGACAGAUAACAGAAUGCACACAAGUAUCACUGGUCACACAUUAGCUACUCUUCCUAAACCAUCUCCAACCACAGAACUCUCUCAAGAGACUUCAGGCGCAAAGGAAUAUGUUAAUGCAAGGGUAGUAAGAAAUCCCAACACAGACACAAAAGAACCAUCAAGGUAUGUAUACGUUCCUCUUCCAACCAAGAGAGGAUCUCGAGAUAAUAAGGCACCUCAUGAGUAUGCAAACUGCACAUUGAGUGCACAGUCAGAUUCGGUGGAGGGGGAAGAUCCUACAGAGAUAUAUAUGGAUUCGCAAAUUGUGAAGAAAGGAGCACCUGGUAAAUUCCCUGUAUAUGAUGAAGUAAUUCCUACAGCACAGUCAAAGACUGAAAGUUCUCUCAAUAAGUCUGCUUCUAAAGAAAACAUAUCCCUUCCCAUGUCUACUUCAGCAUCACCAGGAUCACUUAGCACUACAGGCACAGCCACUACCCCUGGAUCUGCAGACUAUGAAGGUAAUGGACUUUGGUGAAACAAGUACUAGUGUUGAUGAGGUGUUUGAAACUGUCAACUAUGAAUUGCUUGGUGCUAAAGACAGGAGAAUACACAGAAACACAGAGAAUAAACACUCAGCAGAGAAUGUAAAGGACUUUUGUUCUAAAAAGGAUUUAGAUCCGAUUGCUCGGCAGGUAUAUCUAGACUGCCAGGAUUACCUCCUCCAUGGUACCAACAAAUCUCCAGUGCCAUCCCUGAUGCCAAAACCUUCUGAGAAAGAGGCCAAGAAAGUAACCAAACCAACAGAUAUGUCUAAAAGCCUUACUUCAGCUCUAGACACAAGUAUGGAUGUAGAUGAGGUGAAAAGUAAAGUAAAUGUGGCACCCCAAGGGCUGAGGACCAGAGAACGUCGAAACAGCUACAGGCAGGCAGUUAAUCCUGUUACACAUAAUGAACCCAAAACACCAGAGGAAAAGAUAAGUGGAAAGUCAGAGCCAAGCCGAAGCAUCCACAAAUAUGAGACCAUUUGGUUUGAGAAUGGAAAGCACAUGACAAGGAAAAAUAACCCAAGUCCCAAUAGCCAACAACAGUUACAUCAACAAGUUUCUAAAUCAGCAAGUGUCCCAGCUGAGAGAGAAGACCUUCCACAGCAAAGAGGCAGUUCAAGUGUUUAUAUGCAAGUUAAGACCCCAUUAACAGAAGAUCAUGGGUCUAAUUUUAACCAGAUGUCAAAUAAUAAAGAUUCUCUUUUUAAAGAAAAAUUGGAAGAGUUUCACACACUUGUUAAUAGCAUCGAAUGGGAAAAACCAGUGAGAAUGAGUGCUGCCUCUCCAAGACUUUUGGAUGAUGAUGCAAACUCUAAGGGAUCUGGAAGUAACAACAGCACCCUACAGUCCCAUUCUACAACAUCAUCCAGAGAUAGUGAACAUCAAGAGCCAAUUUAUGUCAAUACUCCUCCUCUCUUACCUGUCUCUAGAACUUUAUCAUCCAGUAACAAAGGUCAGCUUCCCCCAAAAGCUACCAGAAAUUGUGAUCCAAUAGAGCCAAGAUCUCCACCACCUUUGCGCCAUAGUCGUACGGAAGGCAAAUUAGACAACACAGACUCCAGACCUGGGCAGCAGUCGCCAGUUAUUAAUGCAAACUCCUUGUAUGGUACCAUAGCAACCUCAACUGUGAGGCCUAAACCACCUGGGAGUAAUUCUUCUUCACCAUCUUUCCCAAACUUUUCUCAAAAUCAGGCAAAGCCACCAUCACCCUACCACAGUUUAGUGUCUACAGCCACUCUUCCAUCAAGAACAACAAUAUCUCCGACACCUUACCAUAAUAUACCACCACCCAAAGGAUUUGGCAGUGGAACUUCCCCUGGUAAUUCUCCCAAUCCGCUCCAUUCUCUACAGCAGAACAGAGAAAAUCAUGAACCAUUGUCAUCUUCACCAUAUUACAACAUGGCCAUGUUUACAAGUGGCAAACCCAAUCAAGUACAAAGAAAUAUUCCCAUAUCAACAUCAGGACAAGACUCAAAUCAGAUGGGCAAGGCUGGUUUUUCUCCCUACACAUCACCUCCACUAAUCGCAAAUGUAGUGCGCCAAAAUUUCACUCACGGCCAACCCCCCAAAGCCCACAUCAUAGGAGAUAUUGCCAUAGUUGGAGAAGAAUCUGUGCGACUCAGGCGGCCUGGGUUAGCUCCACAUCCUAGAACAGAAGUUGGAAGUGCAUGCAGUAGCAAUGACUCAAGAGGUUCAGAAGGAGCACCUAUUGCUCCUCCAAGAAUAAAGAGGAAUUCAACUGCUGGCUUACCCAGGCAUAGUGCUAUUGAGCCAUCUUCACACAUGCACAGUGAUAGGCGUUGCUCAACAGAUGGUCCUGAAAACUACCGCCAGACCAUGAUAACAGCUAAACAGAGCUGGCCCCUUGGUGAUGAUGAGCCCCCACCAGCAGUGCCAGCCAAAACAGCAGCAGCGUAUCAGUACUCUGAUCCACCACCACCACCACCCCACAACCACGCCCCCAGCCCCCACCACCUACCUCUCAGUCACACCCACUCUCCGUACCUUCAGCCACCGCCUCCCAAACCUGUGCUCCAACAGCCUUCCCUGAUACAACAGCACCAGCAUCCACAGCAGCCGUCAACUCAGCCCCUGCCGGUAUCACCAUACCAGUCGCCUCCUGUCCCACAGUCUUCAAAGAAACCACAGAAUCAAAAUUCUGUGCAACUAGAGCAUCAUCACAGAUCACCUAAACCCUUGGUAGAGACCAUACAAGACCAGAAAAAUUCUCCAUCAUCUGAUCAGAAUAAACAGACUGUGGUUGGGCAGACCAGGGCUGAGGAUGUCGUAGUCAGUGAGAGCAGUUCUGAAAGCUCAGACGACGAGGGGAUCUUUCACAAAUUCUCUGCCCCGAAUAUCUUCAAGAAGUGGCGUUCUAAUUCAAACAAGCAGGCGAUUCCACAAGUACCUUCGUCUCCUAAAGCCACAAGCUCUCAUUUCUACACUUCAAGAGAUACGAAGGAAGAAAAGGACAUGGAAAAGGACAACAUGAAAGGAGUAAAAGAACAAAAAGAUAACACUGCAGUUUCUUCACCAACCUCACCAAAACCCUUAGUGAAAGCAUUUGAAAGAUUAAAAUUCAACCCCAAAUCUGUAGCUGCCAAUUUCAAGUCUUAUUUGAGUCCACGUGGGGAUAAGAUUGAGGGUGAUAAUGGAGGAGGUGCUGAGGGCCAUCCAAAUGAAUCGCCAAGUGGUAAUUUCGUAAACUCACCUGGCACUGGCACUAGAAACAUCCAGAAAAGUGCCAGCUCUGGCCCCACCAUCACUGCCUUCUCACAAGUGGUACAAGAUUACAAAUACCCAAACCCCAUACCAAAGAAGCCGGCUGGUCCCCGUGACAUGCCAGCACAAAUGAGAGGCUCCACCCCAACCAACCCCCAGGUUAAGGUCAAAACAGGUCGUCCACGGCAACAAUACCUAUAACUGGAUCAUACAUGCCUACCUAUGUGCUAGCUCAAUCCUCUACAUAUGUACUCUUCAUCAAAGUAGUUGAUAUAUCAAAAUAAGCAGAUGGAAAUUCUUGUUUAUUGUUCUUAUUAUUAUGAUUUUUUUUUUAAUAAUUUUUUUGUAUCAUUGUCUAUAUUGUUAAAUAACUGACUGAUUGAUGAAUACCAAACUUCCAAAUCUUUCCUUUGAAUGAUCUCUAAGUUACUGUAAAGGAAGCUUUUAAUUAACUUUGUUUUAUAUAUAUAUAUAUAUAUAUAUAUAUAUAUAUAUAUAUAUAUAUAUUAUAUAUAUAUAUAUAUAUAUUACACUUAUUCAUUUACAUUUACAUAUAGUUUUUGCCAAAUACAUUGAAAUAAGCUUAAAAUGCAAGAGUAUCUUCAUCUUUACCCAGAGGAUGAUAAUUUUUACAAUUGUCUUUUUUACCUGAUAAAAUUUUGAUCUCUCAACUCAUUUUCAAUCUUGAUGAGGAAACAUGAAUAUCUGCAGUAGAGUCCAGAUCUAUUCUAUAUUAGUUUUAAUAUUCUGAAUUUCUAUAUCAUACUUGUAAUUAAUGUAUCAUGCUUGUGAUCAAUCCUGCUUAAGCUGUAAAUAGUGCAAAAUCAGUGUUACUUUUUUCUUUUCUUUUUUUUUCGCUAAUAUUAAUGAUAAUUUUUUUUCUCUCAGAUUUUCUAGCCCUUCACACCUUUUCACAGUAAAGUCCUAUCAGACAUGGCAUUCACAACCAUCAUGUUUUAUUUAAAAUGUUUAGUGCUCACCAUUGUCACCAGAGUAAUUAUUAUAUUAUGAUAUUUUUGACCCCCCUCCAUUUUGUAAUGGCUAUCAUUCUGGAUACUUUAUUUUACAGAGUUUUAAUCUGUGAAUACUGCACAGCAGAAGCCUGCUUUUAGAAAUAAUUUUUAGCUACAUUGUAUAAAAUAAGCAAAAAAAAAAAAAAAAGAAAAAAAGGAAAAAAAAAGAAAAAAGGAAAAAAAUGCAUCUCUUUGGAGUUGGGUCAUGUUAAAGUCAAGCAAAAUGAGUUCAGAAUUGAUGAUUUACGCUUGAUUUGAACAUUUAAAAAUGAUAAAAAUAUUAGCCAUACAACUUAUAGAGCACUGCCCUGUAAAAAAACAUGUUGAUAUAUUAAAAAAAUCUUAAAAAAAGUUUUUAAAUACUUGUAUAUAAUAAAAUGACAUUUUGCAUUUUCCCAGUCGUUAUGAUGAGCCUUAAAACUAUUUCUGAUGGACAAUCACCUGUAAGUAAUGAUUAAAUAGACCAUGCUUAGUUUUUCA